UCCCAUUCACAGACACAUGCGGAUGUGACGUCGCGCGUACGGUGCGACGUCACAUCCGCAAGAGCGAAAUGCGACUUCCUUGUUUCCGUUUUGAGUAACCAUGACUGCUAGGAAAGACAAAGUGAUAUUUCAGAAGCAGACGAAGCAGUACCAUGAGCACUGCUGCGUUCCUCAGUGCACAGCCUCCUCCAAAUAUAACGGACUGUUAAGUUUUCACGGAUUUCCAAGCCACCCUGAGUUAAGAAGGCAGUGGCUUGUAACUAUUCGGCGGGACAAGUUGAAGCUAACGCUGCACAGCAAAGUGUGCAGCCUUCACUUCACUCCGGAUCAGCUGCUUCAGCCUAAAGCUGCCGGGGGCAGACGGAUGGUGAAGAGAGGAGCCGUCCCUGUGUUGUUUCCCUGGAGCCACCAGAGCGUCCAGCCUCCCAGAGCCGGUCAGCAGGAGCCGGAGAGCAGGCCUGACCCAGACGGCCGAGCCGCUGACCCGCCCGUAGGAUUCAGCCUCCUGGAUCAUGAUUACUGCUCUGUCCCAGAACCAGCCGACCUGGACACGGCAGGAAAUGAAAAUGAGACUUUAAAAGAAGAAAUAAAGAAACAAGUCGAAGAACUGAAAAUCCCAUCCAGUUUUGGAUUACAAAGGUUCGUAGGAUCCGAUGACGACAUCCGGUUCUACACCAGAUUUGAGAGUUAUCGCCUCUUCCUGAUGUUUUGGAGGCUCAUUGAACCGUCUGUCCAUAAAAUGAUUCGUUCAUCAGGAGCCGCUGAGGGAAGCAGCGAAGCAGGAACUGCUGUCAGAUCAACACACACGAAGGAUUCCUUGCAGCCCAUCGACGAGCUGCUCCUGUUCCAGAUGUACCUGGCUGCAGGUCUGCAGGAAGGAGACCUAGCAAACCGGUUCCAGAUUCACCCUUCCACUGCAAGCCGCAUUAUUUGUUCGUGGGCCGAUUAUUUGUACUCUCUUCUGGGUUCUUUGUGCAUCUGGAUCGAUGCAGACGCCAUCCGAGCUCAGCUCCCAGAGGACUUCAGAGAUUUUCCAGAUACUCAGGUGAUAGUUGGAUGCUCUGAGCUCAGAUGCCAAACUCCUGCUUCUGCUCUCUUCCACACUGACAUGUCCUCCAAAUCCAAGUCUCAGUGCGUAAUGAGAGGUCUGAUGGGAGUGGCUCCCCACGGUGCCGUGACCUUUGUGUCUUCACUCUAUGAGGGGUCAGUAAGUGACACGGAGCUGUUUCUGAGGUCGGGCUUGGCUGACCGUCUUACUGAAGACAUGGCCGUCAUGGUGGAUAAAGGAUUCCUGAUCUCUGGCUGUGUGAAGUGUAAGGUGUACUGUCCACCUUUUCUCAGCCCAAAACCACAGAUGGCGUCUCAAAACGUCCUGCAGGCACAGAAAGUCGCCCGUCUGCGCGUUCACGUUGAGCGGGUAACCCGGAGAGUUAAAGAAAACAAACUGUUUGAUUCUGUUAUCCCUUUAUCUAUGGCUGGAAACAUUAAUAAACUAUUUACAGUGGCCUGCCUGCUGGUCAACUACCAAAACAAACCGCUCUAAAUGAAGGGAACGGCUGUGUAGUUCUCAGAAGAGGAGAGUGUUUCCCAUCCUCAGGUGUUUUAAUUCAGGAGUUCCCACGUCAGAAAAGGCGUAACGAGGAAACGCCUUCAGGAUGCAGGACCCAAGUGAUGAUUCAUAAACAUGUUAGAAAAGUUUAAUUUGUAUAAUAUGCCUUUUUCCUGUCCUUGUUGAGUGUCUUUCUCAGUUUGACGUAAAAUCACAGAAGCAUUUGAAUGUAUUUGAAUUUUUCUCAUGUUCUGACUGUUUGCUAUCAAAUUUCAUGAAUAAAUGUGAAGGCAAAAAAAA